UUUAUCUUCUGCUCACCAAGCCGACAUUUGUUUGAUCCCAAGUACAGCAAAAACAGUAAAAUCUUUUACUGUAAAAUAUUUUUACUAUUUAAAAUGACUUUUAAUUUUUUUUUUUAUUUAUGCUGAAUGCUAAAUUGAUGCUAAAAAUUCAGCUUUGGAAUCACAGGAAUAAAUUACAUUUUGAAAUAUAUUCAAAUAGAAAGCAGAUAUUUAAAAUAGUACAAAAUAUUUCAUAAUAUUACUGCUUUUACUGUAUUUUGGAUCAAAUAAAUGCAGGCUUGGUGAGCAGAAGACACUUUUUGACUGGUGUGUAUACUUCUUGUACUUCCAAUAGAAAAAGAUCUACUGCUUAGUGGCUUCUAGCACUGAGCUCUUGUCCUCUAAAUCAUCCUCACAACAGAGGAGAAAGUGCUGAAGAUCAACAACCCAUUAACACUUUUAACCCCUCUCAGCUGCUCUGACCUUCUCAACCAGUCUGGCUUUUGUCAUUUGGGACUGAAAGAAAAAGUCAUAGUUUUGAACACAAAUCACCAGAGAGAUUAAAAAGGGCCGAACUGAAAAUCCGCCUGUUAUUUUCUGUCAUGUUUUAAGAUGUAUGGAGCAGCAGGGCUGGACUAGGCUCGAUUCAGUGGACAGUUGUGGCGGGGUUCUGUGACCCAGCCUCCCUCUCAUGUUACGGCCCUAUUUAUAACAUCUCCCACCCCUCCUUCAGUCCCAGCCCAUUGCCCAAAAGCCCGGCCACCGUUAGGAAGCACCUUUCCCUCUCAGCUGGGCCACAGUCUGCGCUAGACUGUCAACUGAGAUUCAGCUCUCAUCAUCAUCAGCUGCUGCUGUUUAGCCGCGCUGCCUGGCAACUCUCGAUCGCAACGUGCAUGGGAUUAUCACACACACACACACACACACACGUGUACAGACACACUUUUUCCUUUUCCUUCAUUUUUGUUUAAGGAGACACUGUUUGAAGUCAGAAGCGACGGAGCUUUUUGCGUUUCUGCUGUUUGGGAAGUUUUCUCGUUGUGGUUUUUGUUCCACCAGCGGCUGCUUUCGUGCAUGCGAUGGAUCACACGCUGUUCGGCUGUUUGCGCAGCCCUCACGCCCCUCCGCAGGCCCUGCACCCCGCCUUCGCCCUUCACGGACGCUCCGAGCACCUCUCCUCGUACCCUGACCUCGCCACCUCCUCUCCUUCUUCGACCUGCAUCGUGAGCGGUUACCCGGGUGAGGAUGGGGGACUGUUUGGGGGACACGGGCACCAGCGAGGGCCGCCCAUGUCUCAGCAGCAUCAUCAUCAUCACGUACCCCAGCCGCAGCAGACCGGAUGGCACAUACCGCAGACGGCAGGCGCUUCUCCAGCAGGCGCCCGUCUGGGGCUGGGCAUCUCGGCCCCUGAUUCUGGCUCUGUAGAUAUGGGGCCCGGGGGCCCCAGUCUUUGCGCAAGCACGCCGAGCCUCGGCGGAGGGGUGCCAUCGGGUGCCUCGUGUGUUCCCGGAGGGGAUUUCGGACGUCAUACGAUGUCUCCAGCCGAGGCGGAGAAAAGGAAUAGCAAACGGAGAAGCGACAGCUCUGAGUCCCAAGAUGGGAAUUACAAAUCGGAUGUGAGCAGUAAGCCAAGGAAGGAGCGGACGGCGUUCACCAAGGAGCAGAUUCGAGAACUGGAGGCAGAAUUCGCCCAUCACAACUAUUUGACCCGACUGAGGCGGUACGAAAUCGCCGUAAACCUGGACCUCACGGAAAGGCAGGUAAAAGUGUGGUUUCAGAACAGACGGAUGAAAUGGAAGCGAGUAAAAGGAGGCCAACAGGGGGCGGUAGCGAGAGAAAAAGAGCUUGUGAAUGUGAAAAAGGGAACGCUGCUUCCCUCCGAGUUUUCGGGAAUUCCUGGACUCCACCAUACGCCGGACUCGCUAAUCAACAAUGAGGACAGCCACGACAGUGACCAGAGCUCUGAGCAUGCUCACUUAUGAUACAAACAGAUCCCAUUCGCCUUUCGAUGCUUAUCUGGGGUCACAUUUCAGACUGAAAGUACAGACUAAAAGUACACAAAGCAACACCACAUGUGCCAAUGAGGAGGCACCGCAAUACAACGCCUAUCGCAACACCUCCGAGUAGUGACAAUGCUCACUAAACAUGUAAAAAUGUAUGCAGGACUGAUGUAUUGUUGUGCAUUUGGAUGAUACAGAAUAUUUGUGGCAUCAAUAUUCACAAAGAAAAAGUGCCUUGCUUGUUUGACGGAAAUGUUUACACGUUUGAAAGGUGCUGUAAGUCCUUUCAAAAUCCUGCCUGUAUUGCAUCCCAGACUUGUGUUGGUGUUUACAGAGCCUAGGGACUUCUGUCAGGUCGUAUGGAUAUUUUCUGCAUGCUAUUCCAUAAAGUAAUCACUUACAGCACCUUUAAAGUACCCUUCUACUGCUCUUUUACUUGAAAGACAGAAUCUAGCAGUCCAAUCUGGCCCAACAACAUUCCAUUCUGAGCUUGUGUUGAAAAGGUGUAAGUUUUAGUUUGCACUGUCAAUUUCUGUGCCUUAAUUGAUUUCUACUGUAUGUUUUUGUACAAUGAUGAUGUCAUCGGAAUAAUGAACGAUCAAGCGUGCCGUCAAAAACAUUUUAGAUGAUAUUAUGUCAUGUAAAUAUAAGUAUUCCUAUUUUUCAAAAAUCUGACAGCUGUAUCAUGUGCACACAAUACCACAUGCUUCAACAAUAAACUUUUCGUAUGUUA